CUCACACUCACAUGAGACACACACAGAGACAUACUCUCUCUCUCUCUCUCUCUCUCUCCUCAAGUCUUGAGUGUGCUUCACUGCAACAACAAAACCAACCCCGUCUGAAUUGCUCUUGUAGGAUAUAGUGAGAUACAGUCUACAGUUACAGUCUAAAAGCAAGAGAGAGAGAGAUGGUUGGAUUGGUGACCACAAUUCAUAAAUGAUAGUUGAACAGUAGAGUGGAUGGGUGCAGUUACCAUGGCGGCGUAGCAGAGAGAGAGAGAGGGGCUCUAAUUCCGUGCCAUAAUUGCCUUUGAUUUGGAGAAACUAAAACUGCAACUGCAGCUACUGCAAGAGAAUUGAUCAGCCAGCAGCAACAUACACCAAACCCAACAUCCUGUUUUCUUUGGUCAUUUUAUUCUUUGAAAGCUGUAGUAGGACGAUGUUUGGGUUAAACAGAAACACUAGUACGUAAUAGUAUGCGAUUGAAUACAAGUUGGUGCGAGCUGAGUGCACUAGUAUUUUAAAGAUUCGCGAAGGUUCUAUCUGCUAUGGAUGAUAUUAUCUCUGAAUUGGGGAUAGUUUCAGCUUUUGGGUGCAACAACAAAUGGCUGGGUUCUUCUCUCUAGGUGGAAGGGGAGCUGGCCCACACAGCAACAAGGAAGAAGAAGGAGAAAGAGUAGCAGAAAAACAUCAUCAAGACCAUCACAACAGCAAUAGCCUAUUCUUGUUCAGGAACAACGAGGAGGUGUACAACAAAGGAGGAUUCGAGAUAUGGCCGCAGCCCUACCACCAAAACCAAGGUUUCAGCAACUACUACUCGUUUGGGGUGGGUCCUAGUACUCAUCAACCUAGAAGGAACCACAACAACAACGACAACUCCAACAACAACUCCAACGACGAAGGCGUCUCCUUCUGUGUCUCGGAUGAGUCGACGAGAUUUGGACUGACGAUGAUGAGGUCCUCCGGUGGUGGUGGAGGCACGGGGAGCGGCGGCGGUGGCGGUGGCGUAAACUGCCAGGACUGCGGGAACCAAGCAAAGAAAGACUGUGCUCACCUGAGAUGCAGGACUUGUUGUAAGAGCCGAGGGUUUCAGUGCCAAACCCACGUGAAGAGCACUUGGGUUCCUGCCGCAAAACGCCGUGAACGACAGCAACAACUCGCUGCCUUGCAGCAACAGCACUUGCACAGUGCAGACACUUCUUCUAAACGACACAGAGACACUCAUCCAGCUCUUGACACUCUUCCUUGCGCUCCUCCUGUUCCCACCAUCACCACCACAGGGUUGGAACUGGGUCAAUUCCCUUCAGAAGUAAGCUCAUCAGCGGUGUUUAGGUGUGUGAAAGUUAGCGCAAUAGACAGUGUAGAUGAACAGUAUGCAUAUCAAACCGCUGUCAACAUCGGAGGCCAUGUUUUCAAGGGAAUUCUCUACGAUCAAGGUCCCCAAGGACUUUACACUACUGCCGUUGUUGCCGAGGGUUCUUCCGCUGGAGGAGGAGCUGAACCUCAACAACAACUCAGCCUCAUAACAGCUGCAACCACCACCGCUGGGAACCCCUUUGACCCUUCUUCACUUUACCCGGCUCCCCUCAACGCUUUCAUGGCUGGUACGCAAUUCUUCCCACCACCAAAGUCCUAACAUACACACCUGCACUCUCCCUAGCUAACUCUCUCGGAGUAACACCAUUGAAUUUCUAUCCAGCCUUGUUAUUUGGAAAAACGGUUAUGAGAGUCUAUGACCAUGACCAAGUUAAAAGGGGCCGCGAGGAUGUUUGUUACUUUGUUUUAUGUUAUCGAAAUGCCAAUGUCAAUUCAGGUUUUCAUGAUUUAUCUCGGCAUUAGACCCACUUUUCAUAUAAAAAUGAUUUUGAAUUUGAUUUCUCCAAUUGUA